AAGAAGAAGAGAUACAGGCCUGGCACAGUGGCUUUGAGGCAGAUCAGACAAUACCAGAAGUCGACGGAUCUUCUGAUGGCCAAGCUACCCUUCUCGCGACUGGUACGCGAGGUUUGUCUCAAUGUUGCGCCGCCAGGAUCGGAAGUUACAAGAUGGCAGUCACAAGCCAUCCAAGCUCUCCAAGAAGCGGCAGAAGCAUUCCUAGUGCAUCUCUUCGAGGACACGAAUCUAUGCGCUAUUCACGCGAAGCGCGUAACCAUCAUGCAAAAGGAUAUCCAGUUGGCACGGAGGAUACGCGGCGUCUGGGGAGGUCUUGGCUAA